AUGGAUACCGAGAGUAGUGAGGAGGCCCGUCGUCACGACUUGGACAUGCUGAUACAACAGCACCGCGCCGCCGUCACGGCUUUCGGCCUGUCCCUGCAGAAGAGUCAUCCCACGCCUCCCAAGCACCACACGAUAGAGUCCAUCCUGGGUCUUCGCCCGGGAGCUCCGGACCCCCAGGGACCCGGAACCGAGUCGAGCGGAGAGAACAGCUGCAACUCCAGCGACGCGCCGUUGACAGUGACCUCCGACCUCGAGAGGAGGUACGCCCAGGACAGUGACGAGGAAGCAGGUAGCGUACUGGGGCCCGGGGACACCUCUGGGGUCUCCAGCAGCCGCGGAAGUGGGGGUCCCAUGUCCCCAGACAAGAAGAAACACCGAAGGAACCGCACCACAUUCACCACCUACCAGCUCCACGAACUUGAGAGAGCCUUCGAGAAGUCACAUUACCCCGAUGUGUACAGCCGGGAGGAGCUUGCCAUGAAGGUCAAUCUACCGGAGGUCCGAGUUCAGGUAUGGUUCCAGAACCGACGCGCCAAAUGGAGACGACAGGAGAAGAUGGAGGCUGCCCGUCUGGGUAUCAGCGAAUACCACCAGUCCGUCGGUACUCUGGGUCGGAUGGCGGGGUCCUCCCUGGCGCUCCCCGUGGACCCGUGGCUGGCACCCCCGUUGCUCAGUGCUCUCCCUGGAUUCCUGGCCCACCCCCAGACCGGAUACCCGAGCUACCUCACGCCACCCAUCGUCCCUGCAGCGGCCGAUCCUCCCAAGACCUCCACCCCUUCACCGGACCCUUCGCCACAAGACCCGCGUUCUACCUCUAUUGCCGCCCUGAGGCUUAAGGCUAAGGAGCAUGUCGAGUCCAUCACGAAAGGACUGCAAAUGGUGUGAGAGUGCUUUGUAAACCGGACGUAACUCUUUAUUUAUUUCCCAAUGGAAGUUCUUUGCUAAUGAUGGAAUUGAAUGGGCACAUUUCGUAAAAUUGCUACUACAAUCUAUAUCAGUCUAUUAAACACCUAAUUUUUACUUAAUAUAUAAAAAGUUUCGUUAAUAGAUACAUUUAAUCACAUGUGAAAUAAAACGAUUGUUCCAUUAAAUAUUAUUCAUUAUUUACAGGUGAUAUGUUACAAUGGAACUUGUCCGUUUUAUACCCGUUAUCAUUUUGAUUGGAUAAAUAUAUUCAAAAGAAUAUAAUUGUCAAAACUCAACUCUUCAAUUCCAUCCAUGGUGAGACGUUUAAAUUUAUUUUUGUGCCAUUAUAGUAUAAGUAAAGUCUUUAUUGUUUUGUAAAACCAAAUGAAAGCAACGCAAUAAUAUUUUGUGAAUAAACAUAUUUUUACCUAUAUUUCGAAGUAUUCUGUAAUUAUAUGUCAUAGAUAAAUUAAUA